AUGAAGGUGAUUGUGGAAAACAAUGAAAUAACUCCGCCGUCUUUCUUCACAGACCUUAUUCAAGGUGAUGAAGCCAAACUGAGGUCGCUUGGUAUCAAGGAAGGUUCAGUACUCAAAGUGAUUUUUCUACCAGUUGUUGAUUUUCAAUCGCCGAUUGCGUCUGCGAUACGGAAUAUUUUAGGGAGAGAUUGCCCGACUGCUACACUCGCAACUUUUAUUGUACAUUUCAAAUAUAUUCUUUCGAGGAUCGUGAACGAAGAUUUAAGUUUAGACGAUUUGGAGAGAUACGCCGAGGUAAGGAACAAAUCAGCUGAGACGUCAUCAUUAUCAUCGAUGUAUUCAUUAGAUGAACAUGUAUCAUCUUAUUCAGUCGACGGCAGUACAAUGGCGUAUGCGACAGAUAAUAGUGCGUCUCGAGGUGAAGAUUUGCAGGACUAUUUCAUGUACGCGGAUGAUUAA